AUGGCAGAUACCGCAAACAGAGAUCUAACUCAACUGAUUAUUCGACUUGUUACCGGUGAAUUUGGUACACCGAUACGAGUACGAAGCAAUUUCUUUGAAAUGACAAGUCUUCCAGCUCAAAAUAUACAACACUUGAAUAUUCAAAUAUUACCUGAUGGUACUCCUCCUGCUGUACUUAGAAAGGUAUGGCAAUCUUUUGAAGAUAGUCUUGAAGGUCAAGCUUUUCUUAACAAGGUCAAGCCUGUCUUUGAUGGUCGUGCAAAUCUUUUUUCUCCAAAACCUCUGAAAUGUGGUGAUGAUAAUCUUGGGAUUUGUUUUAACGUCAAUCUUCAAGAAGGAAACCGUUCUGGUGGUGUCUUCAAGUUGAAUAUCAAGCCUGUAGGUGUAAUCAACAUGAGUGAAUUACAAUCAUUCUUGGAUGGGAGGUCCGGUAUUACCAACAAUUGUCUAGCUGCUAUUAUGGCUCUUGAUGUAUUAUUUCAUCACGUUCCAAGCAUGCAAUAUCCCACUGUGGAUCGAUCCUUUUUCACUCCCCAGGAUAAACGUCCUUUACCCAAUGGUGCUGAAGUAUGGCAAGGCAUUUAUCAAUCUAUUCGUCCUACUCAAGGCAAAAUGAUGGUCAAUGUUGAUGUUAGUGCUACCGCUUUCUAUGAAUCUGGUCCUCUUCAUGAACUGUUACCCAAAUUACUAGACCGCCAUAGUCUUGAUGAUCUUCGUCAUGGCAUUUCUGAUAGUGAACACACCGAAGUUGAAAAAAUGCUCAAGAAUCUCAAGAUCGUUGUUGUCCAUCGUGGUGCUGACAAGCGAUUAGAGUACAAGAUUAAUAAGCUCACUUCUACCUCUGUUGAAAAUACUGUAUUCAAAGAUAAACUUGGAAAUGAAAUCACGGUUGCUCAAUACUUUCAAAAGACUUACAACAGACGUUUUGCUUAUCCUUUCUUACCCUGUAUUGUUGUCAAGAAAGAUACCUUUUUGCCUAUGGAAGUUUGUGAAGUCCUUCCUGGCCAACGCUAUACGGAGAAAUUGAAUGAAGACCAAGCUGCCGAAAUGACUAGCUUUACUUGGCAAAAGCCCAACGUAUGUGCAUUCAGGAUAAACCAAGGUGUCAACCUCCUCAAAUACAAUGAUAACCCAUAUAUUCGACAAUUUGGUGUCAACGUCAAGCCUGAAAUGGCCAUGAUCGGAGCUCGAGUCCUUCCUGCUCCAGAGAUCUCUUUCCAUCCUUCCUCUCAAAAUGCUACGUUUACUCCUAUCGAUGGUGUUUGGGAUCUUCGUGGUAAGAAAGUUGCAAAGGGCGCCAACUUGAGUUGUUGGUCUGUUGUCAAUUUUGACCACCUUCUUCCUAUCGAAAUAAUCCAACAUUUUAUUCAUGAACUAUAUCAAACGUUUGUUGAUACUGGGUUGACUGUAUUCGACGAUGGACCCCCAAUGAUCAAUGCUGAUCCUCAAGAUAGCAUUGAACGCAUUCUUUUGCAGGCCUCCUCAUGGUUCUGCGUAGGCUCAGAGGCUGAAACCCAAUUAAUUGUCUGUAUCUUGCCAAAUGCUGAAGUUCCUCUCUAUGCUGAAAUCAAGCGUGUCUCUGAUACAGUUAUUGGUAUUCCUACUCAGUGCAUCCAAAGUGAGAAUGUUGCUGACUGUAAGAAAGAAUAUUUGACCAAUGUCUGCUUGAAAGUGAACAUGAAGCUUGGCGGAAUCAACUGGUUUCUGGAUAAUUUUCAAAUUCCUUUGAUCUCAACCAGACCUACUAUUGUUUUUGGUGCUGACAUUACUCAUCCUCCUCGCGAUAUGAACAGACCAUCUAUAGCCGCAGUGACUGCAACUAUGAAUGCUGAUGCAGCAUAUUAUUCUUCUACUUUCCGUGCUCAAGCCCCCCGUACCGAAAUCAUUGAGGAUUUAGCCAACAUGGUCAAGGAACUGUUGAAGAUCUUCUGUCAAAGUUGUGGUCAAAAGCCUCAGCAGAUUUUAUUCUAUCGUUCUGGUGUUUCUGAAGGUCAGUUUGAUCAAGUGCUCAGGAAUGAAGUUGCUGCCAUACACGCUGCCUGUGCUUCAUUGGAUAGAACUUACAUGCCUCCUGUCACCUUUGUGGUUGUUCAAAAACAUCAUCAUGCUCGAUUCUUCCCUGUUGAAUUCCGUCACGCUGAUCGAACUGGUAACUGUGAACCUGGUACGGUUGUGGAUAGUCAUAUUGUACAUCCUUUUGCGUUCAGCUUUUUUUUAAAGUCGUACGCCGGUCUUCAAAGUACAUCGGGUCCUACUCAAUACCACGUCAUUUACGACAACUGUAAUUUCGCGCCAUAUGUUUUACAAGAACUCACUUACCGUCUCUGCUACCUCUAUGGUCGGGCCAGUAAUGCUGCCUCUAUCUGUCCCCCUGCUUAUUAUGCUCAUUUGGUGGCAAUUCGUGCGAAUUUCUAUCGCAAGGGUAAUAUUGGAGAAGAUACUGAUUCUACUGGUGAACAUAUGGAUAUUGGUGCUCAAUUGGCCAGCUUUGAUAAAGUCAGGCCAAACUUACAAAAAAUAAUGUAUUAUGUAUAG